AUAGUUCACCGAGACUGAAAAGGAAACGUACCGACGGAAGUCGUAGUCCUGAAGGUCCAGGUCGAGCUGUCGGAGGCGGAGUCAGGACUGUACAUCAUGGCCGGGCUGGAGCUCCUGUCCGAUCAGGGUUACCGGAUAGACGGUCGCCGCGCGGGGGAGCUGCGCAAGAUCCAGGCGCGGAUGGGCGUGUUUGCGCAGGCCGAUGGCUCGGCUUACAUCGAGCAGGGCAACACCAAGGCACUGGCGGUGGUCUACGGGCCGCACGAGAUCCGGGGCUCCCGGUCUCGAGCCCUGCCUGACCGGGCUCUAGUGAACUGUCAGUACAGUUCAGCCACCUUCAGCACAGGUGAGCGCAAGCGAAGGCCUCAUGGAGACCGGAAGUCUUGUGAGAUGGGGCUGCAGCUACGACAGACCUUCGAGGCAGCCAUCCUCACACAGCUGCACCCCCGCUCUCAGAUCGACAUCUACGUGCAGGUGCUGCAAGCAGAUGGUGGGACCUACGCAGCAUGUGUGAAUGCAGCCACGCUAGCAGUGAUGGAUGCUGGGAUACCUAUGCGGGACUUUGUAUGCGCAUGUUCAGCUGGCUUUGUGGAUGGCACAGCACUAGCGGACCUCAGCCACGUGGAGGAAGCAGCUGGAGGGCCCCAGCUCGCCCUGGCCCUGCUGCCCGCCUCCGGCCAGAUCGCACUGCUUGAGAUGGACUCGAGGCUGCACGAAGACCACUUGGAGCAGGUGCUAGAGGCUGCUGCCCAGGCGGCCCGAGGUGUGCACACUCUGCUGGACCUUGUCGUCCGACAGCACGUGCAGGAGGCCUCUGUCUCACUGGGGGACUGAGUGGCAACCACCCCUUUCCAGAAUAAAGGCCUGUUCUUCUCCCGAGUACACCUUACUGUACAGCACUUAAAAGCUGCUCAGGGCCCUACAGCGCAGUUUAUAGUGCAGUCCCUAAGUGGAGAGAGCACUUGUGCUAGGAAGAGCAAGGGUGCACCUGUUGUGCCUGCCCAGAUAUUAGGGUCCGCAAAGACCCCUGGGAGUAUGAAUCUGCAUGCGAAUUCAGACUUUCUUCACCCUUAAGCUUGGACCUCAGACUCCUCCAACACACCAGAUUUGUGCUGAGAGCCCUGAGCCUCAAUUAGGCAGGGUUUUUAUACUAGUUUGAUCAGGGAGCAGGGGUCUCCUGCCUGUCAGUUGCCUUAUUUCGCAAAGUUAUCUUUUUUUUUUUCCUGUUUUUUUGAGACAGGGUUUCUCUGUGUAGCCCUGGCUGUCCUGGAACUCACUCUGUAGACCAGGCCUGCCUCUGCCUCCUGAGUGCUGGGAUUAAAGGCGUGUGCCACCACCGCCCGGCACAAAGAGGUAUCUCGAUGCACAGGGUUUGGUCAGUGAUGAGCAAUUUAUCUGUAACCGUUGCAAUGGUAGGCACUUUCCCUCUAUUUCCCUGAUUGGCUCUGGCCCAGGGCAGUUUCUUCUUGGACUUGUCGGUGGUAUUUCUAUUAACCACAGUUCAAACCGGGGACCAACAAACUCAAGUUGGAAUCAGCUUACAAAUUGGAGUUUCCCCCUUCGCCUAUGUUGGUCACUCAAGUCCUCCAGCUAAGGAGUGUGCCAUGCUUACACAGCCCAUCAGGGACAGGAGCACAAGGCCGAGGUUGCACUCAGCUGGCUAUGGGUGUCCAUCAUUAAGAGAUGACAUUAUGACGUAACGGCAAAAUUAGCUAUUCAGAAUCAGCCAAAUAAUUUUAUGUUUGAGGAUCAUCACAACAUGAGGAACGGUAUUAAAGGUCAGAAUGUU